GGGAUGUUGGAAGAUUUGGGACAGAUAAAAGGAAGUACUUCUUCACACAGCUCAUAAUUUAACUAUGGAACUCACUUCCACAGGAGGCAGUGAUGGCUACCCAUUUGGAUGCUAUGGAAGAGGAUUAGGCUAAUUCAUGGAGGACAAAGCUUUCAGUGACUGCUAGUUAGGCUGGCCAUGCUUUACCUCCACUAUGAAGGCAUUAUGCCUCUGAAUACCAGAUGCCGGGAACCACAGGUGGGCAGAGUUCUGUUGUGCUCAGGUUCUGCUUUCAGGCUUCCCACAUGCAUCUGGUCAGCCACUGUGACAGCAGGAUGCUGAACUAGACAGGCCACUUGCCUGAUCUAGCAGACUUGUCCUGCGUUCUAAAAUUACUUGGCCAUUUAUUGUUGGAGUUUGGCAGGGUUAAGACUGUCAGGCAAUCUAAAAUUGGGUGGAUUGUUGUUUUUUCUCUGCGUUAUGGGUUUCUGCUGGGGAAGGGAGAGCUGGCAUUCAUAGAUAAUGACACGGAGACAUAGGUUCCAGUGCAGAGCACAGUUGGGAACAAUUGCCGAGAAAUCUCAGAGAGUGAGGAUAUUCGGUCCUGUCCAAAUUGCUCUGAAACUACAGACAAUGGAUCUGCUGCAACUUGGCUCAUCAGACUUCUGCAAUGACUACACUUAAUUGGCCAGCCAACAAAACACAGAGCAUCAUCUGUGUUUGGAAGCCAUUGCCUGAGGAACCUCCACAAACUUGACGGCUUGGUGCUGCUCUUUAUUCAAGGUGCCACGUGAACGUUGCCGUUCAGUAAACAUGCUUGCAGGUCCAAAGAGGGAUCCGUGGAAGAUGCUUCUGUGGCUGCUGCUCCUGCUGCUUGCUGACAUUUUGGGAUCCAGAGCUGAGGCAGACUUAAGAAAGAAGGCUCAUGACCUAAUGAAGCAAGUCCCGUUAAUCGAUGGACACAACGACCUGCCCCUGAAGCUGAGAUGGUUCUACCAGAACAAGCUGAGCAAGACUGACUUGAGAACACUCAACAAAACAGACACAAACAUCCGGAAGCUCCAAAUGGGCCAUGUUGGUGCUCAGUUUUGGUCCGUGUAUGUUCUCUGCAGUGCACAGAACAAAGACGCUGUCCGCUUGACGUUGGAACAGAUCGAUGUUGUCAAGCGGAUGUGCAAAGACUAUGAAGAAUUUGAGUUGGUGACAUCUUCUCAAGGCAUUGCCAGCACUGACAGCAAAAAGAUAGCAUGCUUGAUUGGCAUCGAAGGGGGGCACUCCAUCGACAGCAGCCUCGCGACCCUGAGGAUGUUCUACGAGCUGGGCGUUCGGUACAUGACGCUGACCCAUAACUGCAACACUCCCUGGGCAGAAACCUCAGCAAAGCAAGAACAUGAAUUUUAUCCCGACACUGAGGGCCUGAGCACUUUCGGCAAAGAAGUGGUGAAGGAGAUGAAUCGACUGGGGAUGAUGGUGGACUUAUCUCACACGUCUGACGCAACAGCAAGGGCAGCUCUUAGUAUCUCCAAAGCGCCGGUCAUUUUCAGCCAUUCAUCCGCCUUCUCAAUCUGCAACCAUUCAAGAAAUGUUCCAGAUGAUAUCCUGCUGGAUCUGAAAAGGAAUCGUGGGAUUGUGAUGGUGACAUUCCCAACCAAAUUCUUGGCCUGUGGUAGCCAAGCAGUGAGCAUUUCAACUGUUGCAGAUCACUUUGACCACAUAAAGGAAAUUGCAGGUUCACAUUCAAUAGGAAUUGGCGGUGACUAUGAUGGAUUAGUUCGAUUCCCUGAAGGACUAGAAGAUGUCUCUAAAUAUCCAGCCUUGAUCGAGGAGCUGUUGAGGAGAGGCUGGAGUGAAGAAGAACUGAAGGGUGUUUUGAGAGAGAACUUUCUUCGUGUUUUCCGGGAGGUGGAAAAAGUGCGUGAUGAGAACUUGUCAGAGGGCGUGAGCGAAGUGGAAAUUCCUCCUGAAAAUGUUGAUCAUUCCUGUCACACAGAACUAAAGCCCCCAUCUAAGCCGGCGACCAAUUCCCAUGGACUGCAUUGGGGAGGGCAGCAGCCGUAUAGCCUCGUACUCACAAUUGCGGUGUAUGCAAUGCUAAAUUGAGAUCAUCAUCUCAGACAGUGGUGCAACAACCCUGCAGGCCUGUUUGGAAGAUACAAUGUGAAGUGUGACACAUGUAGAUGCUGCUUUGUGGGGACCCCACUGUGCCUUCUUCAUUUCCGUGAAUGAAGAGAAGAGGCUGUCUCUGCACACGAAGGGCAGUCAGGUGAAAUACAAGGGCAAGACUCCUUUGCCUUAAAUAUUUGUGCUGAAUACCAGGUUUCAGCAAACACCACCUACAAAUGCAGCAGGUGUUAAGUUUGGGGCAGGGAACCAGAUGCUGUGGGAUGGCAGCUCCCAUCCUUACUGACCCUUGCCUGCAUUGGCUGGGGCUGAUGGGAGCUGAGAGCCCCACAUCACCUGGAGGGUCACUGCUAGCAAUGUGGGAGGCAUUCAGUGCAGUUCACGUUUAUAGGCAAACCUGCCUAACGCACACUUUCCGAAACAAUAUGCAAUUCAAAACACAGGCAUCCAUAACUAUCCAUAAUUUUGUGCUAAAUCACUGUUAAAUUUUCACAAGGACUUUAUUUUUAUUUUUAAAGAAAACCACAAACUGGUUUAGAAAUACAGUGGUACCUCAGGUUAAGAACUUAAUUCAUUCUGGAAGUCCGUUCUUAACCUGAAACUGUUCUUAACGUGAAGCACCACUUUAGCUAAUGGGGCCUCCCACUGCUGCCAUGCCGCCGGAGCACGAUUUCUCUUCUUAUCCUGAAGCAAAGUUAUUAACCCAAGGUACUAUUUCUGGGUUAGCGGAGUCUGUAACCUGAAGCGUCUGUAACCUGAAGAGUAUGUAACCCGAGGUACCACUAUAUGGAGAACUGAAGAGUGGAGGGAUGAGAAAUUUGGGGCAGAUUGGCCACACCAUAUACAUCUAAAGCACACCCUGUAUACAUUUAAAGCACAUGGCUUGCCCCAAAUAAACCUGGGAACUGUAGUUUCUUAAAUGUAGUUUUGUGAGAGGGAAUGACAGUUCCUGGGAUUCUUUGGGGGGGGGGACCAUGUGCUUUAAAUGUAUGUGGUUGUUCUGCCCCGAGAGAAAGGCUGGGAUGUAGGAGGAGGCCUAUUUGAUAGCCGUACCGUAGGGUUGCCAUACGCCCGGAAUUUCCUGGACAUAGCCGGCAGUUGGCCCUCAGAAACAGUGUCUGGGUAGAAAUUGCUUAAAUGUCCGGGAAAAUCUGGACAUAUGGCAAGCUCAACAACAUUUCUGUUCGGAUUUUCACUUUUUGAAAUAUGGCAAUGCUACCAUACUGAAAUAUAGGAAUUCGUUUCAUAGAGAGGCUUGUCCAUCCCUACAUUGAUGGCUUUUCACCACUAUUUCAGGACUUUCCUCUUCUUACAGGCUUUUGACCUCUGAGAUUAAUGACCUCUCUCUUUCUCUUUCUAGUGGUAUGCUGUUUUUUUGUUUUGCUUUUUCAUUUCAGCUUGUUUUAGUUGUUUGCUGUCUCAAGAAUGAUGAGUGAAAAAAAUGUU